AUGUCCCGGUUUGUCCGACCUUCAAAAUACCGACACGUAUACGGAGCGAAGUCAAAGGUCAACUAUGAGAAUGCUAAGAUAUCUGGCUCAGCUUGGGAUACAGAUCUCGUAACUGCCGGAGGAAAGUAUCUAGCUAUCAAUUGGCAAGUCUCUGGUGGUGGUGCAUUCGGUGUUCUUCCAUUAUUCUCCCCUGCGAGCCCUCCUCAACCAACUGGCUUCCCAACUAAAUUACCCGACAUCAUCCCUCUUGCAAGGGGUCAUACCGCUCCUGUCCUCGAUACAGCUUGGUCUCCCUUUGAUGACAACGUUAUCGCCUCUGCGGGAGAAGAUGGUAAAGUACUUAUUUGGAAAAUUGAGGAUUCAUUGUUUGAAGGCUGGGGAGAAGAUAAUUGGGUUCCAGAAGACUUAUCGCCUCAGCUUCGACUCGGUGCAGGAGGCAGGAAAGUUGGACAAGUGAUUUUCCAUCCAACUUCUUCAAACCUCUUGACUGCUGCUUCUGGGGAUCAUUUAGUCAGAUUAUGGGAUAUUGAAUCUGGUGGAGAUUCACCUAAAAUCACUUUGAAAGGUCAUUCAGAUUCUAUUCAAAGUAUAGCUUGGAAUGCUAUUGGAACUACCCUUGCUACUACAUGUAGAGACAAGAAACUCCGACUUUUCGAUCCUCGAGCUGGUACAGAAGCUGUCAGAAUUACAGAUGGACAUGCAGGUGUCAAGGGAUCUAGAGUUGUUUGGUUAGGCGAUAGAGAUAGAAUAGCUACCACUGGAUUCAGCAGAAUGUCCGAUAGACAAGUGUCUCUUUGGGAUACUGCAGGUUUGACAAAUCUCGAAACCACUUCUCUCGACUCCAGCGCUGGUAUCAUCAUGCCUUUCUAUGCUGAAGGCAAUGAUGUCCUCUUCCUUGCUGGUAAAGGCGAUGGUAACAUCCGAUACUACGAAUUCGAAGGCGACUCUCUACAUUUCUUGAAUGAGUACAAGACUUCAGAUCCUCAACGAGGUAUGACCUUCCUCCCUAGACGGGCUUUGGACGUAAAGGAGAACGAGAUUGCCCGAGCCUACAAGCUCGCUGGCGGAUGUAUAGAACCGUUGAGCUUUAUCGUACCCAGAAAAGCGGAGUCAUUCCAAGCAGAUAUCUUCCCUCCUGCAACUUCCAUUGAACCCGCUCAAACCGCUGCCGACUACUUCGCUGGUAAGACCGCUAGACCAAAGGUCCUAGACCUUGAGACUCGCGCAACAAGCAGCAACAGUGCUCCCAUUCCUGAAUCCGUCAAGCCUGCUCCUACUCCAGCGGCAUCUGCUCCAGCUGCUUCGGCAACUCCCUCUCCACCUGCUCCUGAGCCCAUCAAGAAAGAAGCUAAAACUGAAACUGCUCCCGCACCUACACCUGCCAGUACCAAGAAAGAGAUCGAUUCUGUUCCAGAAGUUACUGCCAAAGGUCUCGAAAUCGAACAACCAGAUAGCGAAGAUGAAAAGGAACCGGAAAAGAAGGAAGACCAACCGGUCAAAGCUGUUCAAGAGAGUCUUGCUGGAUUAAGCGUGAAGGAUGAGACGAAAGAGAAGGAAUCAGCCACUCCUGUUACUGCUACUGCUCCAUCUGAUACACUCCUGAUCAAACGUCUUUCCCCAUCAGCAACACUGCCUACUCGAGGUUCUCCUCUUUCAGCAGGAUACGAUCUCUACUCAGCUGAAGAGAAGGUUAUCCCUGCACGAGGAAAGGCAUUGAUCGACCUGCAAAUAAGCAUCGCAGUACCGGAAGGCACAUAUGGACGAGUCGCUCCCAGAAGUGGUCUUGCGAGCAAACAUUCCAUCGAUACCGGAGCCGGUGUCAUAGAUGCGGAUUAUAGAGGUCCGGUAAUGGUCUUGUUGUUCAAUCUCUCAGAUGAUGAUUUCACUGUCAAGAAGGGUGAUCGAGUUGCUCAGUUGAUUUUGGAGAAAAUUGUCCUUGCCUCGAUCAUCGAAGUUGACGACCUUGACGUUACUUCUCGAGGAUCUGGCGGUUUUGGGUCAACAGGUGGAUUCGGCCAAACCAUUAAGGACGUAGCCAGUAAGAUCCUCUAG